AUGCCCCACGGAAGAGGCGGCGUUAGUGGCCACACAGGCAGUGGUGGGGGUCGUGGUGGUGGGAGCCCGGCUUCCCACAGUCACCCUCGCCGUGAUCAUCACCGCGGCCGCGCGUCGCUGCAGCAGACCUCGCCAGAUGCAGCAGGUACUAACGAAUAUUUUCAGAUGUUGCCCGGCACUAACUUAGCAAUGUCACGGCGAGGGGAGAUUGGCAGUCAAUGCCUUUACCCGCCGCAACUGUCAGAUAGGCAGUAUCAGCGUCAUAAUCACUAUAGUCAUGAUCAAUAUCUUCAUCAUCAGCACUACGAGCGGCUUGCAUCCCCAUCUUCCAUGCCAUAUGAUCGGGUGCCAAGAGCGGCAACCGUCUUUAACAUUGAAUCUGGUAACACUUCUCUUCCGUCGCAGGCGGCAACCAAUAGUGGCGAACCCUCAUUCUUUUUGACAGGGUGUCAUGAAUACAUUCAUCGCACACAGGUAGGAUCAGCGCCGUCUCAACAAAUGUAUGCUCCUCCAUCUGUUAACAGUGCAAGGGAAUGGAAUAGUGGUAGCGGCCAAGGAAGACCUUCCUCGCGUCGUCUACCGCUUUCUUACGCACAAGAAAGGCAAGGUGGUAUUUUUUACACCGGCCAACGUGAAGGCGGCAGCAGAAGCAGUAGUAGGAGUAGUAAUAUGCGAUAUAGAGAUGGGCAAACAAACUGGGCUCCGGCCCCUGUCGAUGUGAACGAUGGAAAUGAGCACAGAAGGGUUCCUCGCAUGCAUGAUGUUAGUCACCGAUGGAUACAACAGCAACAGUAUCCUCUUUCUGUGCCAGAGGCAGGUUUUUUGUGUAGUACGUCUCCGUCAGGUGAACGGAGCGAUAAUCUUCUUCCAAAUCCUUGGUGCUCUGCAAAUUCAGCAGAUCCAGGUACCGUAUUCACACCGCAUGGUGGGAGCAGCAGUGGCAGCGGCAGUACCUGCCAUUAUGCCAACCAAUAUUAUCCUUCUUCUAGCUAUAUCACUGUUGCUGCGCCUGUUGGGGCGGCAGUGCCAACAAACGCCGAGGUGACGACAUCGAUGGCGCAGGCGUGCACGAAGGCGUCAGUGGCGAUCGGUGAAGGUGGCGGGUGGACACCGACGGGGACUAGGAGAGCGGAACGGGAGGAACAGGAACAACAGCAACAACCGCAAGUCGGAAAGAAAGAGAAAAGCCAGAUGAUCGCUGCACGUCUUUCUUCUCAAGGCACUCACGAUAGUAUGGCGCCUUCGCACGAAGUGGCUCCCCUUGCGCCCACGCCGCCAGAGUUGUUGCCCGAGCAAUCACAGCAGUCGGUCCAGGAGGCGGCAGCGAGCGAGGACGAGAGACCCUUCUCCAAUUUUCUCCCGCCAAAGCGUCUGGAGCAUGCGGACCGCAUGACCUGUUGCUUGGACCUUGAUGACACGCUGGUGCACACUUUUGAACAGCGCCCGUGGUGGUGGGACCCUGAGAAGAACCCGCGCCAUUUCGAGAUUGAAGUUGAGGUUCCCAUGCACCCGAGCGAGUACGACGGUCCUGUUGACAAUACCAGCGAUGUCAGUGACGCCAGCGGUGUUCAUGUGGUAAGAGCGCCUCCGCGGGGUGUCGGGCGUCUACCGAAUCGCGAGCGGCUUUAUGUGUGCAUUCGGCCGCACGCGAUGGAGUUUCUAGAGUUCUGUCUCGCGAAUUUUGAGGUGGUUUUCUUCACCACCGGCACAGAGGAGUAUGCGCGGCACAUCUUUGAUCACCUUGAUCCAGGCCAUGUGGCCCACCGGCUGUACCGCCAUCACUGCACAUUCGUAGGGGAAGACAAAUACAAAAAGGACUUGCGGCUUAUGGGUCGCCCUCUCGACCGCGUGUUUCUAUUAGACGACCGUGGACCAGAGGUGAGCUUUCAGGAGCAGAAUGUUUUGCUCUGCGAGCCUUUCAUCCUUAAUAGUAAUGAAGCAUAUGAUCGUGCCGUGAACGAUGAUGAAUUGCUUGGGUACAUGCAACUACUCGAGAUACUUGCAAAACUGCCAAGUAGCGUUGCACUGAAUGUGAUAAAGGAUUACCAAGAAAAGAUAAAUGAGGUAAUGAGAGCAAUGGAGAUCCCGGGAAAUCCACCUGCCACAGAUAAUGAAAAAUGA